AUGGAGCCGGGCGGAGGCGGCGCGGGGGUCCCGGGGCCGCUGCCGGGGAACAGCAGAGGCCGUGGCGGAGCCGCGGGGCCCGGCAAGGCCCGGGAUUUGGGCCGCCCGCCGCGCAAGGACUCCGAGGGAUAUUCGGAGUCCCCAGACCUGGAGUUUGAGUAUGCAGAUACUGAUAAAUGGGCAGCAGAGCUCUCUGAGCUGUACAGCUACACGGAGGGUCCGGAAUUCCUGCUCAACCGCAAAUGCUUCGAGGAGGACUUCAGGAUCCAUGUGCAGGACAAAAAAUGGACAGAACUGGACAAGAACCAGCACCACACCCACGCCAUGAGGCUCCUGGAUGGGCUGGAGGUCACUGCACGGGAGAAGAGGCUGAGGGUUGCCCGAGCCAUCCUUUAUGUUGCCCAAGGCACAUUUGGGGAGUGUGGCUCUGAGGCUGAGGUGCAGGCCUGGAUGAGGUACAACAUCUUCCUCUUGCUGGAAGUGGGAACCUUCAAUGCUUUGGUGGAACUGCUCAACAUGGAGAUUGAUAACAGUGCAGCGUGCAGCAGUGCUGUCAGGAAGCCUGCCAUCUCCCUGGCUGACAGCACAGACCUGAGGGUGCUGCUGAACAUCAUGUACCUGAUUGUGGAGACUGUUAGGCAGGAGGCUGAGGGGGACAAACCUGAGUGGAAAAGCAUGAGACAAACCUUCCGUGCAGAGCUGGGAGCCCCCUUGUACAACAAUGAGCCCUUCUCUGUCAUGCUCUUUGGGAUGGUGACCAAAUUCUGCAGUGGCCAUGCUCCUCACUUCCCCAUGAAGAAGGUGCUGCUCCUGCUCUGGAAGACUGUGCUGUACACACUGGGGGGCUUUGAGGAGCUCCAGAGCAUGAAAGCAGAGAAGAGGGAGAUCCUGGGCCUGCCACCCCUCCCCGAGGACAGCAUCAAAGUGAUCAGGAACAUGCGUGCAGCCUCCCCCCCUGCCUCUGCCUCCGACCUCAUCGAGCAGCAGCAGAAGCGCGGUCGGCGGGAGCACAAGGCACUGAUCAAGCAGGACAACCUCGAUGCCUUUAAUGAGCGGGACCCUUACAAAGCUGAUGACUCCCGGGAGGAAGAGGAGGAAAAUGAUGAUGACAACAGCUUGGAAGGAGAGACCUUCCCCCUGGAACGGGAUGAAGUCAUGCCCCCCCCCAUCCAGCACCCCCCCAGUGACCGCAUCACCUGCCCCAAGGGGCUGCCCUGGGCCCCCAAGGUCCGGGAGAAGGACAUUGAGAUGUUCCUGGAGUCCAGCCGCAGCAAGUUCAUCGGCUACACCCUGGGCAGUGACACCAACACAGUGGUGGGCUUGCCCAGGCCCAUCCAUGAGAGCAUCCGAACCCUGAAGCUGCACAAGUACACAUCCAUUGCUGAGGUGCAGGUGCAUAUGGAGGAGGAAUUCCUGCGCUCCCCACUCUCUGGGGGGGAAGAAGAAGUGGAACAAAUCCCUCCAGAGAUCCUGUACCAGGGCCUGCUGCCCAGCCUGCCCCAGUACAUGAUUGCUCUGCUGAAGAUCCUCCUGGCUGCAGCCCCCACCUCCAAAGCCAAGACAGAUUCCAUCAACAUCUUGGCAGAUGUCUUGCCAGAGGAGAUGCCGACCACAGUGCUGCAGAGCAUGAAGCUGGGGGUGGAUGUCAACAGGCACAAGGAGAUCAUUGUCAAAGCUAUCUCUGCUGUGCUGCUUCUCCUACUCAAGCACUUCAAGCUCAAUCACAUCUACCAGUUUGAGUACAUGGCCCAGCAUCUGGUCUUUGCCAACUGCAUCCCACUCAUCCUGAAGUUCUUCAACCAGAACAUCAUGUCCUACAUCACUGCCAAGAACAGCAUUUCUGUCCUGGAUUACCCAUACUGUGUGGUGCAUGAGCUGCCUGAGCUGACAGCAGAGAGCCUGGAAGCUGGAGACAACAACCAGUUCUGCUGGAGGAACCUCUUCUCCUGCAUCAACCUCCUGCGCAUCCUCAACAAACUGACCAAGUGGAAGCACUCCCGGACCAUGAUGUUGGUGGUGUUCAAGUCUGCACCCAUCCUGAAGCGGGCACUGAAGGUGAAGCAGGCCAUGAUGCAGCUCUAUGUCCUGAAGCUGCUGAAGGUCCAGACCAAGUACCUGGGCAGGCAGUGGAGGAAGAGCAACAUGAAGACCAUGUCUGCCAUCUACCAGAAGGUCCGGCACCGCCUCAAUGACGAUUGGGCCUAUGGCAAUGACCUGGAUGCUCGUCCCUGGGAUUUCCAGGCUGAGGAGUGUGCGCUGCGCGCCAGCAUCGAGCGCUUCAACUCCCGGCGCUACGACCGAGCCCACAGCAACCCCGAGUUCCUCCCUGUGGACAACUGCCUGCAGAGUGUGCUGGGCCAGAGAGUGGACCUGCCCGAGGACUUCCAGGUCAACUAUGACCUCUGGUUGGAGAGGGAGGUCUUCUCCAGACCCAUCUCUUGGGAAGAACUGCUGCAGUGAUGGACGGAUGGAUGGGGAGGGGGUUUGGGGACCUCUCCAGGCCAGCUCGGUGCUGAAGAACAUGGGGACUGAGGUUUGGGAUAAGAGGGGGGUUGGUGGAACCCCUCCCACCCACGUUGGUGGGCUUGGGAAGAGCUGUGGGGGUCUUGCUCAGGCACUGUCCUGCCCCUCUGUCUCCAUGCCAGGUUCGAGGUGAAGGCUUGGUGGAGGUCACAGUGUCCCCAGAGUGCCCCGUGGGGGGAACACCUCUGUGUGCUCCAUCCCGAGGGGUUUGGGUGUAUCAUCCCCCCCUCCUCCUGCCCCCCCAACUGGUGCAGGGAAGGGGGGCAUGAAGGGGGGGGAGAUUGGGACAAAUGCUGUGAGACCUGGGGAGCAGAGGCAGGAAAAGUGUGUUGUCCUCCCCCUGCCCAGGCUCUGCUUGGGGACACGGGGCUGUGGGGGUUUGGGGGCGGGGGGUUCAGGGUCUGGGGUGGGCUGGAGGCUGCAGUCCGCCCUCACCCCGCUGGGGGGGGUGGGUGAGCUGUACAGAUCCAGAGAGAAUAUCGCGACAUCUCUGA